GGAAAUUCCUAAUCAUCAAACAAGAGUGGAUGGAUGAGCUAUAGGAGGAAGAAGUAAAGCUCCAGAAACGCCAUAGCCAUGGCUCUUCUCUCUCCAUCUCUCUCCUCUCCGAACUAUCGUAAUUUCAUGUGCAGGAGCAACAACAUUUCGAGCAAGUAUCAUGGAGAAUCAAAGGAGCUAAUGAUUGCUCGUUCCGGCGUUUCUACGAGAUCGAUUUCUUCGGAAGAGGGGCUUUCUCGUAGGGAUUUGGUGUUAAUUGGUCUCUCUUCUCCGUUGUCUAUGCUCUUGCCAGUGUCCUCUGCUGUCACUUAUGCAGAAGAAGCAGUGAAAAUGGGUGCAGAAGAGCUGAAGAUGGGCUCAAUGGUGGAUGAUAUAAAUGCUUAUUCUUAUGCUUACCCUCUGGAGUUUCCAUCUGAGAAGCUUGUCUUCAAAUGGGUCGAAUCAAGAAAGCCUGAACGUUACUCUUCAGCUGCACCACUCUCUCCUGAUGCACGCCUCCGGAUUGUUUCUGAACGAGUUGAUCUCAUCGACAACCUCGUAAUUUCUGUUUCGAUAGGUCCCCCAAACUCAAGAUUCCUAACAUCAAAAGAAAAGAAAACAUGGACAGCCAAAGACGUUGCUGACUCUGUUUUGUCCGAUAAAUCUGCAUUGCGUGUCACCUCAAGUCAGCGUUUAGAAGAGAGCUCGGUUCUUGAUGCACAUGCUACUGAUAUUGAUGGGGAGCCUUACUGGUACUACGAGUACCUUGUCCGCAAAUCACCAACCAAAAUCGCUGAAGCAUCAAAGCUUUACAGACACUAUAUUUCUUCAACAGCUGAACGGGAUGGGUACUUAUACACCAUAAAUGCGUCAACCCUUGGCAAGCAAUGGGACAUGAUGGGACCGGUGUUAGAAAGAGUAGUUGGAUCCUUUAGGCUUCUUCCUCCUACUGAUAGUUAUGUUCCUCCAUACAAGGAUCCAUGGAGGUUUUGGUGAUCACUUCCAUCUACCUCAGCUUUUCAUCCAAAAUGCUUUUUUUUUAGAAAUUGUAUUUAAGUUUGAUAGCAGAGGUUAUGAGAAUUGUCGAAAAAUAACCAAGAGGACUAACUUGCCCAAAUCUGAAGAUCUUGUAUUGAGAUAUUUGCAUAACUUGCGUUCUUCUUCUAAACUCAUCCAGGAAAUUAUUAUACAUA